AUGGACGUGGACGCCUGCAUCGAGUCCAUCAAGGCGUGCAAAUACCUCGCCGAGAAUGACAUGCGCCAGUUAUGCAACAAGCUCAAAGAAAUACUUGCUGAAGAGUCUACCGUGGUCCCUGUUCGAGCUCCAGUAACAUUAUGUGGUGAUAUCCAUGGCCAGUUUUAUGAUCUUUUGAAGCUCUUUGAAGUGGGAGGCGACCUACCAGAAACUUCAUAUAUAUUCAUGGGUGACUUUGUCGAUCGAGGACGCUAUUCAUUGGAAACCUUGACAUUGCUACUUUUACUCAAAGUGAAAUAUCCGGAUCGCAUCACAUUGACACGAGGAAACCAUGAGAGUCGUAAUGUGACACGCGUAUAUGGCUUCUAUGAUGAGUGCCUUGCAAAGUAUCAGAGCUCCAAGGUUUGGGAAUGGUGUUGCACAGUAUUUGAUUACCUACCUUUGGCUGCUUUGGUGGAUGGCAACAUCUUUUGUGUCCAUGGUGGUCUUUCACCCGAGUUACCUUCAAUCGAUUCGAUCCGCACACUAUUCCGAAUGCAAGAACUCCCCCAAACAGGUGGAACGUGUGAUCUAUUAUGGUCAGAUCCGGAAGCUCAAGUAGAUUCGUGGGCUAUUAGUCCUAGAGGCGGCGGUUUCUUAUUUGGUCACUUGCCUACCAAUGCUUUUUGUCACAACAACGAUGUCAGCUUGAUUGUGAGGAGUCAUCAACUGGUGGAUGAAGGUUACAACUAUCCUUUUGCAGACAAGAAUCUAGUGACACUUUGGUCGGCACCCAAUUACUGUUAUCGCUGUGGCAACAAAGCAUCCAUUCUCAAGGUGCCGGAUGAUCGAGAUACUAUUGUAGAAAGCGAUUAUCGGAUAUUCUUGGAAAACGACAUUCAAUCCUUUGACAAUGAUGCGGUACCGACUGGACCAGGAAGCCAAUACUUUUUGUAA